AUGAGCUCUAUGUACGACGAACAAUACUAUGCAGCUUCACGCCGCCGCUCUCUCGCAACCCCUCCUCCAUCUCUAACUCCUCGUCACAACCGAGCACGCAGUGACAGUGUCCGUAUCAGCCACGGCACCGCCAGCACCAACACCAGUGUUUCCAGUGGACGGAUGUCCGAGGCUACAAAUAUCACCCAGCCGCCCUCCUUUUCAAAAAAGUUUGUCGUGGUGGGCGACGGCGGUUGUGGUAAGACGUGUUUGUUGAUCAGCUAUUCCCAAGGAUACUUCCCAGAGAAAUAUGUCCCCACAGUGUUUGAAAACUACAUUACCCAAACAACACAUCGAGCCACAGGCAAGACUGUCGAAUUAGCACUCUGGGAUACUGCUGGACAAGAAGAAUAUGAUCGUCUGCGACCACUGUCCUACCCCGAGACCGAUCUUCUAUUUGUCUGCUUUGCUAUCGAUUGCCCCGCUUCCUUGGAAAAUGUUGUCGACAAGUGGUACCCCGAAGUACUACACUUCUGCCCCACCACCCCAAUCGUCCUCGUCGGUCUCAAGUCUGACCUCCGCACAAAGCGGACCUGUAUCGAACUCCUGAAGACACAAGGCCUGACGCCCAUUACACCAGAACAGGGCGAGAACGUUGCCCAGCGCAUGGGCGCCAGCUACACCGAAUGCAGCAGUAAAGAGAUGCGCGGCGUCGACGAAGUCUUCUCAAAAGCCGUGGACCAGGUCAUCUCCAUCGAAGAACAAGGUUACUCGACUCAACAGACAUCUGGCCGCGGCGGUAAAAGCAGCCGCACUAAUAAAGCCAGUGCUGCUCCCUCCGGUGGUGGCCCACGCCCCGGGAAGAAGAUCAAGAAGCGCACUUGCAAGAUCCUUUAG